AUGGUUUGCUUAAGAUUGAAAUAUUGAGUAUUAUUCUUAAUUUCAGAAAUUGGAUUUACAGCAGUCUUCUUCAGAGACAGAUCACGUUUUGUCGCAGAGUCUUAUUGACAAAACAUUUACUGAUGGAUGCCCCCGGCGUAGUGCGACAGAUUUCACUUUCAGUCGCACUCUCGGAGAGGGAGCUUACAGCAGCGUCAGUGGCUUUGAAACUAAAAAGAUAAACAUUUUUUAAAAGGUUUUUUAAGGUGUUUCGUUGUAUGGAAAAUGAGUCAACUGCUGAAUUCGCUAUCAAAGUGAUUCAGAAGAGCCACGUGCUUCGCCAUCAGAAGAUGGAUGCGAUAAUUCGGGAGAAGAACAUUCUCCAAUAUUUAACACAAACCUGUCUUUCUCAUCCGUUUAUAUGCCAACUUUACACGUCUUUCCAUGACAACGAUCAAAUCUGUAAGGGAAAGAACCGUCAAAAUUCGGUAAUAGUGUAAAACAAGGCAAGAAGAAGAAGUUCGUUAUGCCCACAAUUUUCCAUUUUCUCACAUGAAUUGAUGCUGAAAUUGAACAAGAUCAAACUUCAAAUCAAGUUGGACUUCGAUCUGAAAAUCAUUAUCAGGGCCGUCUCAAACCUCAAACCUGUUCAGAGUGGAUUUCAUCAUCAACUAAUGAGAAAAUGCACAUUUUCGGUGGAAACGUAUUCAUUCUACCUUAACCAAAAAAAAUUUGAGGAUCUUUGUUUUUCUGAGAAACCCUUGCUUUACAGUAGUACCUAAAAUUCUUUAAACCACCAUAUAUUUCAGACUUUGUUAUGGGACUUGUCGAAGGAGGCGAUUUGAGUGAAUCUCUAUCUCAUUUUGGUUCAUUUGAUGUUCCGACGACAAGGUUUUUCGCCUCGGAAAUAUUGACUGGCUUGAGAUUUUUGCAUGAACACAAAAUUGUUCACCGCGACAUGAAACCGGAGAAUAUUUUAAUCAAAACUGAUGGCCACAUUGUUAUAGCUGAUCUGGGCAGCGCACAGGCCAUGAACGAACUGGUUCUUUCUCGAGAAGGUUUCACAGUGGAUAAUCAGGCAAACAAUAACAAAUUGGCGCUUUCUCCACCGCUCACUCAUCGUAAUUAUUCGGACGAUGAAGGUUUGUUGAGAUUAUUGGAAAUCAAUUUAUCUUAUUUUAUAAAGAAGAAAACGGGACACGUCGUACCACGUUUGUUGGAACUGCUUUGUAUCUUAGCCCGGAAAUGCUGGCCGAUGGCGAUAUCGGUGCACAAACAGAUAUCUGGGGGCUCGGAUGCAUAAUUUUUCAAUGCUUGGCUGGACAACCUCCGUUCCGUGCUGUGAAUCAAUAUCACAUGCUCAGAAAAAUCAAGGAAUUAGAUUACAGUUUCCCCGAAGGAUUCCCGAAUGGCGGUAGAGAACUUUUAAAACAAAUUUUGGUAGUUUAACCUCUGAAACAAGUUGUCGUUACAACUCUUAUUACAGGUUGCGGAUCCAAGUGUUCGUUUGAAUAGCGACAAUCUGAUGGUUCAUCCGUUUUUCAAGGGCGUGGAUUGGGAAAACAUUACCAUAAAUAUACCACCAAUACUUCAUGCGUAUAUACCAGCCACGUUUGGAGAACCCGAGUUUUACUCGAACAUUGAAAACUCUGAACCCACUAUUGAUGAUCGCGCUUUGAUGCGUCUGAUACGUUUGGAUCGAGAAUCUUCUGGAUCUUUCCCAGCCACGUGCGUUUUUUGAUUGAUUUCUAAAACCUUUAAAAUUAUUCUUGUAUGAUAAUUCCGAAAUAGUUUCAGACCGACUAACGCCGAAGUUAAUGGAGAGAAUUUUGCACCAGAAAUUGCUCCGUACGUUCUCAAUAUUCACGUCUGAUAAACUUUUUGAAAAUUUCAGGCGUACGGAAUCACAAGCUGAACGAUUGCGUGCAGAGCGUGAAGAUAAACUGGAAAAGCAACGGACCACUAACAUAUUUCAUAUAUUUACAAACAACUUGCUAAUCUUGAAGCAAGGAUAUUUAGAGAAGAAACGUGGACUUUUUGCCAGACGAAGAAUGUUUCUGCUGACAGAAGGACCUCAUCUCCUUUAUAUUGAUGUUCCAAAUAUGGUUUUGAAGGGAGAGGUUCCAUGGACACCAUGUAUGCAAGUUGAGGUGAAAACUUUCGGAACUUUUUUUAUUCAUACGGUAAGUUUUUCAAGUUGUUAUUUAGUGUAUAGUCAUUUUAAAAUUUUAGCCGAAUCGAGUAUAUUACUUGUUCGAUGCUGAAAAGAAGUCGGAGGAGUGGUGCAAAGCUAUUGAAAAUGUCCGUGUCCGUUAUGCCAAGAUAAUUCAACAAACGUAUGAAAAUGCAAUGCGUGAUGGCACUUUUGGUAACAUCUAUGGAAAGAAAAAAUCUAGAAAGGUUUAUAUCAAAACCUUUUAAAUUAUUGUUUCCAAUGUGUUCUUUUUCAGGAAAUGAUGCGAGAACAGAAAGCCAUCCGUCGCAAACAAGAGAAGGAGCAAAAGAAAGCUCUGAAAGCUAUGCAAACUGCGCAAAAAUCGCCGUAA